AGAGGGAGGGAAGGGAAGGCAGGCGCGGGGGAGCUCCGCGGCCCCGUCUGUGUGUGCCGGCGGGCGGGGGCCAGCGGCUGGGCUGAGCAAACGGGCCGGCUGCGGAGCACCCCUGCGGCGCGGCCACCGGCUGCCGCGGUUGCUAGCCGCUGCUUGCCACAGGCCGGCAGUGAAAGCCUUGCGGCAGAGAGCUGCUCCCUCCUCUUGUUGGGGUGUGUUUGGUUUGUUUUGUUUUGGUCUCGGUUCGGAGUUUUUUGUAACUGUUUACCAAAAAGCGGCACAACAAGUGGAUGGUGCCGGCGGGUGCUGGCUGAGCCGCUGCCGUUCGCCCUGCCUGGGGGAGAAGGUGCAAGAAGAAGCCGUCGUGCCCUCCCUGGGAGCGGGCUCGCUACGCGGAUUAUUUCACGUCGAUUUACAAAUCUCUUGCGAAAACUGGGCUUGGAAAAACUAGUGACCACGCCGAUCCAUUCAUUCCAUCUCUCUCACACACAAACGCGCCGCCUUCAUUUUUUAUCAUCCCUUCGAAGCAGGACUCUCGCUCGUUGCCUUUCGCCAAUGCCCGGGCGAGCAGCAGCGGCAGUGCCUGUGGCUGUGCAGAGCCGCCUCGCCCGCGCACCCCCGGCGCUCUUGUUGCACCCGGGAAGGAGGGGGAGAAAUAACUCCUCAACCUGUGGUGCCGACUGACCACACACACCUGCAAAUGCAGAGCGGUCGGCGUAGCCCUCUCCUCAGGACUGCUGUCACCAGAUCCUUACAAUAGCAGCCUUGCUAUUUCUCUGCUUGGGAGCUGUUAAGUGCUUCUUCUGCAUGACAAUAACCAAAGGGUGACCCAUCCACUCCCUUAUGUCCUAUGGGGACCUCAGAGCCAGCUUCUCAGUCUUCAUCUCUUCCUCCUCCUCCUCCUCCUCCUCCUCCCACUGCUGCUGACACCUUGGGUGCUGCUCCCAGGUUUGAGACGUUGUUGACAGGCUGAAGAAAGGAUUUGCAAAGACCUCCUCACUGUGUAAAUAAAGUGAUGGCUGGAAUUAAUGUCAACUUCCCAAGUAAUGAUAUUAAACAAUAAGAUUGCUAAACCAAAGCAUUACCAGGAACAAAUUAUGAGGAAAGAGACUAUUUGCAUGUGGUUGCAGUGAUGAACUAAAAUGGUCUGUGGAGAGCAGGUACCCUCUGAUUUGCAUUAUUUUUUCUUCAUGAAUGCAGUCUUUGAAGCCUACCAGGUAGACAUGAUUCUGGUCAGCUCUGUGAUAGCCACAGGAGAUAAAGGAAAGUAAAGGGUUUUGGUGAAUGAAAGAACAAGGCUCAGCUAUCCUCUGGUUCAAUUUGAAAGCUUCAUCUUUUCUUCUUCCAAACCAGCAGUUUGUGUCAAAUAUUCUGGACACCAAGAAAGUGCAGGUCUGUGCUUCUCCAAGAUACCAAAUCAGUGUUAACAGCUGUGUUGCCCUGCUCAAAUGGCUUUGAGCUUCCUAGCAGAAGUUGAGGCUGCACUGUAAAUAAAGCAUUAUAUUUUUUUUUGCAUUUAGGAAAAAAAAAGGCAGUUGCAAAAUGGAGGUGGCAAUGGUGAGUGCAGAUAGCUCUGGGUGCAACAGCCACAUGCCCUAUGGAUAUGCGGUCCAGGCUCGGGCUCGUGAGAGAGAGCGGCUGGCACAGUCAAGAGCCGCAGCAGCUGCAGCCGUAGCAGCAGCCACAGCAGCAGUGGAAGGUGGGGCAACAGGUGGAGGUGGACCAUAUCACCACUACCAUGAGGAAGAGAGUCGAGGUGCAUCCUCCUCUCAUGGUGGGAGUGCGUCACGUGGCAGCAUGCCCCGCCGGCAGAGCGGGAAGAGGCGGAAGAAAGGGAAGAAGAGGAGCCACCAGUUAGGAAGUAGGGAGUGUGGGGCCUCCUUCCCCUGUUCUGAGCUGCUGCCUCUCAGUGGCUCUGAAGAGAGAAUACUGAAGGACUUGAGUGAGGAGGAUGAGGAGGAUGAAGAUGAGGAUGAAGAUGAUGAGGAAGAAGGAAAGGCCUACUACAGUGAUGACUAUGGGGAGGAUGAGCUUUCGUACUUGGACCAGCCACCCGAUGAUGGUGGAGGCCCUGGGGGUUACAGCUCUGUUCGCUACAGUGAGUACGAGUGUUGUGAGCGUGUGGUAAUCAACGUCUCAGGACUGCGCUUUGAGACCCAGCUGAAGACUUUAGCUCAGUUCCCAGAGACGUUGUUGGGUGAUCCUGCGAAGCGAGGGAGAUACUUUGACCCUCUCAGGAAUGAAUACUUCUUUGAUAGGAACCGGCCCAGCUUCGAUGCCAUCCUGUACUACUACCAGAGCGGUGGUCGGCUGAAGAGGCCAGUCAAUGUACCCUUUGACAUCUUCUCUGAGGAGGUGAAAUUCUACCAGCUUGGGGAAGAGGCCAUGCUCAAGUUUAGGGAGGAUGAAGGGUUUGUCAAAGAGGAGGAGGAGAAACUUUUGCCAGAGAAUGAAUUUAAGAAACAGGUUUGGCUGCUGUUUGAGUACCCGGAGAGCUCCACUCCAGCCAGAGGCAUUGCUAUUGUCUCUGUCUUGGUCAUCCUGAUCUCCAUCGUCAUCUUUUGUCUGGAGACUUUGCCAGAGUUCAGAGAUGACAAAGAAUUCCUCGUGUCCCUGAGCCUGGGGAAGGGGCUUUCGAACGAGUCUCUUCACCUGUAUGGUGGGGAGCACACCAUCUUCAAUGACCCUUUUUUCAUUGUAGAGACCGUGUGCAUCAUUUGGUUCUCCUUUGAGUUUACAGUGCGCUGCUUUGCCUGUCCGAGCAAAGCACAGUUCAUCAAGAACGUCAUGAACAUCAUAGACAUUGUUUCCAUCUUGCCUUACUUCAUUACACUGGGCACUGACUUGGCGCAGGAGCAGGGCAGCAACGGCCAACAGGCCAUGUCUUUUGCCAUCCUGAGGAUCAUCCGUCUGGUCAGGGUGUUUCGCAUCUUCAAGCUCUCCAGGCACUCCAAGGGUUUGCAGAUCCUGGGUCACACGCUCAGGGCCAGCAUGAGGGAACUUGGCCUCCUCAUCUUUUUCCUUUUUAUUGGAGUCAUUUUGUUUUCCAGUGCUGUUUACUUCGCGGAAGCCGACGAGCCUGCCACCCACUUCCAAAGCAUCCCAGAUGCCUUUUGGUGGGCUGUAGUGACCAUGACUACAGUUGGUUAUGGGGAUAUGAAACCCAUAACUGUGGGGGGGAAAAUAGUUGGGUCCCUGUGUGCCAUUGCGGGAGUGUUAACUAUUGCUUUACCAGUGCCAGUGAUUGUCUCCAAUUUUAACUAUUUCUACCACAGAGAGACUGAGAAUGAAGAACAGACGCAGCUGAUGCAAAACGCAGUCAGCUGCCCUUACCUCCCAACAAAUUUACUGAAGAAAUUUAGAAGCUCCUCAUCUUCAUCCGCAGAGGAUAAAUCAGAGUAUUUGGAAAUGGAAGAAGGAGUUAAAGAAUCCCUUUGUGUAAAGGAGAAAAAAAGUCAGGACACGGGGAAUAGCAGUGAGUCAGAGAAGAAAAACUGUGUAAAUUCAAAUUCUCUGGAGACCGAUGUGUAACUUUGAACGUUUCCAAACAGGUUUAUGCAUUAAAGAGUGCAGUGAAAACAAUGAAAUAUGCAAUCAAGAGUCCACAGCAUACAGUAGUAUGCCAUUUAAUGGUUAAAUACAAAUAAAAAGCGUUGCUAAACUUGUAUUACAUAUCAAGCAAGUGGUGUAACUCCAGAAAGGGAUUGCUAGAUCUGAUGUAAUUUCAGGCUUUCUAUUCUUAUUAGAAUGCGAGUGUUUUGCACAUGAGGCUGAAAAACUCAUUGAAACCAAGUCAGUUUUAAAGUGGAUGCAUGAACUGUCGACAUCACUAAUAACAGCUCUGUGGUAAAAGUUGGCAUUCAGAGGUAUUUACUAUGUAAGAAGCAAUGAAGUUUGGUAGUCAUUUAUCUGUUUAUCAGUGCUUUAAUAGCAGCUACCAUAAAUCAUUGGAUACCGUAGUCAUUGUUUUUCAAAUGGUAAAUUUAUUGUAAAAAGAUAUUCUACAGAAGAUAGAUCUAAUUUUUUUUUUUUUUUCUGGAACUCUAUAAUGCUUGUUUUUAACUGGAAAUUUACUUGGAAAAAAGGCUGCUGACCCUCCAGAAAUUGUUUAUUUUUAUAACUCUCUUUGGAGGCACCGCAGCAUUUGUUGUCUAAUAACGAAAGAAACGAAGUAUGAGAUUCAUUUAACCUGGUCUGACUGCAAUGGCAAAACGACUGGAAUGCUUUUUUGCACUACUUUAUAUGCUGGAGAUAUAUUGAAAGAGACUUCAUACUGUGAAUGUUUACUAAUGUAAUAGUUCAAUGACAAUCAUUGGAAGAGUGAAUUCUGCAUCAUAUUUUAUUGUUCCUUUUUUUCCUUUAUGUGAUGCUGAUGGUGAAACAGCUAACAUUACAUUAAUUCCAUCCUCUUUUUAAUUAUGGAUAUCUGUGAUCUGAAAAAAAGGAUUGUGAAGUAAAAUUUUAUAAUCAAA